GUCUCCCAUGGUGGCAUCUCCAACGGUGACAUCCUCAACGGUGGCAUGCCCAGUGGUGUCACUUCCCACCGUGGUGACAUCCCCAGUGGUGACAUCUCCAACUGUGCCAUCCUCAAUGGUGGUGUGUCCCGUGGUGACAUCCCCAGUAGUCGAAUCUCCAGUGGUGACAUCACCGAUGGUGACAUCUCCAACGGUGACAUCUCCAACGGUGACAUCCCCAGCGCUCACAUCCCCAGCGGUGCUGUGCCCAGCAGUGUCACCUCCCAUGGUGGGGAAGUCUCCAAUGGUGGCAUCUCCAGUGGUGACAUUCCCAACGGUGACAUCCCCGAUGGUGCCGUGUCCAGUGGUGCCAUUUCCAAUGGUGACAUCUACAGUGACAUCUCCAACAGUGACAUCCCCGGCAGUGACAUGUCCAGUGGUGUCACAUCCUAUGGUGGUGACAUCUCCAACGGUGGCAUCUCCAGUGCCGACACCCCCCGUGGUGACACCACCAGUGGUGACAUCCCCAGUGGUGGCAUCCACAGUGGUGACAUCUCCAACAGUGGCAUCUCCAGUGGUGACUUCCCCAGUGGUGCAAUUUCCAGCGGUGACAUUUCCAGUGGUGACAUCUCCAGUGGUGACAUCCUCAGUGGUGGCAUGCCCAGUGGUGUCACACCCCACGAUGGUGACAUCUCCAGCAGUGACAUCCCCAAGGGUGCCAUUUCCAACGGUGACAUCUCCAACGGUGACAUCCUCAAUGGUGACGUGCCCAGUGGUGUCACCUCCCAUAGUGGGGACAUCUCCAAUGGUGACAUUCCCAACAGUGACAUCUCCCAUGGUGCCAUGCGCAGUGGUGCCAUCUCCAACGGUGACAUCUCCAACGGUGGCAUCCUCAAUGGUGGCAUGCUCAGUGGUGUCACCUCCCAUGGUGGGGACAUCUCCAAUGGUGACAUUUCCAACGGUGACAUCCUCAAUGGUGAUGUGCCCAGUGGUGUCACCUCCCAUGGUGGGGACAUCUCCAACGGUGACAUUUCCAACAGUGACAUCCUCAAUGGUGGCAUGCUCAGUGGUGUCACCUCCCACGGUGGGGACAUCUCCAAUGGUGACAUCUCCAACGGUGCCAUCCCCAGCGGUGGCCUCUCCUACGGCGUCAUCUCCCGUGGUGCCAUCCACAGCGAUGACGUCCCCAGCGAUGACGUCCCCGCCGUCCCCUCCGUCCCCUUGUCCCGCUGCGGCCGCGCCGCCCCCCUGCUCCUCCUGCUGUCCCACCGCCCGCGCUGGUCCCCCCCCCUGCUGGUCCUCCUGCUGCUCCUGGCCCCUCAGCCCCCCCCGGCCGGCGGGGCCACCUUCAAGGUGGGGCUGAUGGGGCCGUGGUUGUGUGACCCGGUGACGUCGCGCGCUCUCCCGGAGCUGGCGUCCCGCUUGGCGGUGGCGAGGCUCAACCGCGACCCGGAGCUGAGCCGGGGCUACUGGUGGGACGCGGUGCUGCUCCCCGAGCCGUGCCAGACCCCGCAGGCGGUGACGGCGCUGCUGGGCGCCGAGCGUUACGCCGCCGGCUUGGUGGGCCCGCUGAACCCCGCCGUGUGCGGGGCCGCCGAGCUGCUGGCGGCGGCGUGGAACAAACCCUUGGUGUCGUGGUCCUGCGUGGGGGACGGAGAAGGGGGGAGGGAGACGUUGGUGGAGCCCAUGCCGGCGCCCGGCGCCGUGCUGCACGCCGUGCUGCGCUACUUCCGCUGGGCGCACGUGGCCGUGGUGACGGCGCGGCAGGACGCGUGGACGGAGCUGGGACGGGGACUGGCCCAGGAUUUGAGGGCGCGGGGGCUGCCCGUCACCGUCGUCACCGCCGCGGGGGUCAGGGAGGAGGAGGCCGGAGAGGCGCUGAGGAGGGUGCGGAGGGCGGAUGGGGUGAGAGUGGUGGUGAUGUGCAUGCACUCGGUGCUGCUGGGCGGAGAGGAGCAGCGGGUGCUCCUGGAGAAGGCGGAGGACAUGGGCAUGACCGACGGCACCUACGUUUUCGUCCCCUACGACGCGCUCACCUUCCCCCUGCCCUACCACCGCGUGCCCUACCCCGUCCUGGCCAAUAGCACCAAGCUGCGCCUGGCCUACGACGCCGUGCUCACCAUCACCAUCGACUCGCCCGACGUCAGCUUCCACGAGGCCCUGCGCCAAGCCCAGGAGGCCUACGAGAUCCCCGCGCACAUCGACCCCACGCAGGUCCACCCGCUCUUCGCCACCAUCUACAACUCCAUCUACUUCUUGGCCAACGCGGUGGAGGCCACGCGGCGCACGGGUCGCUGGGUGAUGGGCACCAGCGUGGCCGAGAACGCCCGCGAUUUCCAGAUGGAAGGCUUCUGCCAAACCUUCUCCGUCACCGAGGACGGGGACGUCAACGUCCCCUACGUGGUGCUGGACACGGACGGCAAAGGCGACCGGCUGUGGCCGGUGUACGGGCUGGAGCCGGGCAUACGAGGGCUGGGCUACCGCGGCCACUCCGUCCACUGGCCGCACAGCGCCAGCCCCGGCACCGACUCGGGCUGCUGGUUUGAGUCAGGCUCCAUCUGCAACGGGGGUGAGCGGGGGGCCCUUCCCCACCUCUGUCCGCUCGUGCUGUGUCUGUCUGUCCACACGGGUGUCUCCGUCGUUCAGACAUCUUGCCGGCUUCGUUUCUGUCCGUCCCUCCAUCCUCCCACCUUCCAUUUCCCCGGCGACUGGGUCUGGCUGAAGAAGUUCCCUGGAGAUCAGCACAGCGAGGUGAAGCCGGCUACCAAGCUGGCCUUCUGCAAGCUGAGGGACCUGCGGCACGAGAACGUCAACCUGUUCCUGGGCUUCUUCCACGACUGCGGGAUCUUCGCCAUCGUGUCCGAGCAUUGCUCGCGGGGCAGCCUGGAGGACCUGCUGCGCAACGAGGACAUGAAGCUGGACUGGAUGUUCAAGUCGUCCCUGCUCAUCGACCUCAUCAAGGUGACAUGCCCGGUGGCCGCCACGGCGAGGAUGUCACCGUGCUGGGGGGGUGGGUGGCCGCCGUGGUGGGGUGGUGGCAGUCGGUGUGGUAACGGUNGUGGUGGGGUGGUGGCAGUCGGUGUGGUGGUUGUGGUGGUGGUGGUUCUGUUCAAGAGCAUCAACAAGGGCCGGAAGACGAACAUCAUCGACUCGAUGCUGCGCAUGCUGGAGCAGUACUCCAGCAACCUGGAGGACCUCAUCCGCGAGCGCACCGAGGAGCUGGAGAUCGAGAAGCAGAAGACUGACAAGCUGCUCACCCAAAUGCUGCCCCCCUCGGUGGCCGAGGCGCUGAAGAUGGGGACCCCCGUGGAGCCCGAAUACUUCGAGGAGGUGACGCUGUACUUCAGCGACAUCGUGGGCUUCACCACCAUCUCGGCCAUGAGCGAACCCAUCGAGGUGGUGGACCUGCUCAACGACCUCUACACGCUCUUCGACGCCAUCAUCGGCGCCCACGACGUCUACAAGGUGGAGACCAUCGGGGACGCCUACAUGGUGGCGUCGGGGCUCCCGAAGCGCAACGGCAACCGGCACGCCGGCGAGAUCGCCAACAUGUCGCUGGACAUCCUCAGCUCCGUCGGCACCUUCAAGAUGCGCCACAUGCCCGAGGUGCCUGUGCGCAUCCGCAUCGGCCUGCACUCGGGUAAGGCCACGCCCACUUCCAGCCACGCCCACUUCCGACCACGCCCCUUCCAGGCCACGCCCCCCAUUGGCUACACCCCCAUGGAGGUGCCACACCCAUUGGCCAAUGUCAACAUGACCCUGAACCCAUGA